ACUGAGCUAAGGUAAGCGCGGGGCGAGGAGGUACCAGCGCCAGACGAGGACGAAUCGAGCGUCACCGCCACCACCACCACCACCACCACCGCCGCUGCCUUCGCCUUCAGAUCAUCGGGACCAGCCAUCUCUGCCGCCUCCGUCGCAUCGCCCCCCCCCACCCCGCUCUGAUGGCGACUCCCGAGGAUUCUCAGGAGCAUGAUUCGACCAGCGAGGGCAUGGAUGAUAGCAACCAUGAUCCCCAGUUUGAGCCCAUUGUCUCUCUGCCUGAGCAGGAGAUUAAGACCCUGGAGGAAGAUGAAGAAGAGCUCUUUAAGAUGCGAGCAAAGCUGUUCCGAUUUGCAUCUGAGAAUGACCUUCCAGAGUGGAAAGAGCGAGGGACAGGUGAUGUGAAGCUACUGAAACACAAGGAGAAAGGGACGAUUCGCCUCCUCAUGAGGCGGGACAAGACUCUGAAGAUCUGUGCGAAUCACUAUAUAACCCCCCUGAUGGAGCUGAAGCCCAAUGCAGGCAGUGACAGGGCUUGGGUUUGGAACACACAUGCUGACUUUGCCGAUGAAAGUCCAAAGCCAGAGCUGCUGGCCAUCCGAUUCCUGAAUGCAGAAAAUGCCCAGAAGUUUAAGGCAAAAUUCGAAGAAUGCAAGAAGGAGCUAAAAAACCAAGAAAAUAAAGUAAAAAAUGAAGAACCAAAAAUAGAACCAAAAGAAGAAUCUGUAGAACCGAAAGAAGAACCAAAAGAAGAAUCGAAAGAAGAGAAAGCAGGAAUAGUCAAAGAGAGAAGUUCUGACCAAAUGGCUGAGAAGUUAGAGGCACUCUCAGUGAAGGAUGGUGACCCAGAGUCUAACCAAGAGAUCCAGGUGCAGGAGGCGGCGCUUGAGACCCAGGAGGCCCAAGAGAGCCAGGAGGACCAAGAGGAACAGGAGCCCGAGGCCCAGGAUAAGGACACUGAGCUGCAAUAAGUCAUCUCACCAUGGGCCUCACAUUCUUUCCUAAUUUUUUCCUUUUAUUUUCUUUAUUUUUGUUCAUUUUUGGUUUUGUUUUGUUUUGUUUUUUUUACAAGGGACUUUAUAUAAAGAACUGAAUUCUAGCCUCCAGGUUGUUUUCUAAGCUUUUACCCUUUUGAAGAUGUCUUCUUCUUCAGCAGACCCAUUCCCCAGUCCAAUGUACUGCGCUCAUGCCAUUCUUUUCCAUAGUGGAAACACUUAUUUAUAGUCCAUCCAAAAGAGUGAAUAAAACAUUUCAAAGCUGCA